ACAGGGCGCAUAAUGCGCCAUUUUAAAAGAGAAAACGAGCUUGAUUGUAGGACCGGGAGUCCGGAUGGUGAAGUCCUCCCUCCAAAGGAUAUUGAAUAGUCAUUGUUUUGCAAGAGAAAAAGAAGGAAAUAAAAGUAUAGUAAUGCCCAUCAUGAGUAUCAACUGUACAAGUAGUGAAAGUUCCAGGAUCUCCUUCAGUUGCUGUAGUAACCUGGGUACGGGGCCUCGGUCGUGCUCCGAUGCCCCUCACCCACCCCUGAAGAUCCCAGGUGGGCGAGGGAAUAGUCAUUGGGAUCACAAUCUUUCAGCUAAUUUAUUUUAUUCUGAUGAUCGACUGAUUGUUACAGAGGAGUCUGCAACAAAUACUAGGACAAAACUACUUAAUGUCCAAACAAGAAUUACUGACUCCAAGCAGAUCAGUUGGCGAGCAGUGCUAAACAACAACAACAUCUACAUUGAAAUACCAGGUGGAGCCCUCCCAGAAGGAAGCAAAGACAGUUUUGCAGUUCUCCUUGAAUUUGCUGAAGAACAGCUUCAGGUAGACCAUGUCUUCAUCUGUUUCCUUAAGACAAGAGACGACAGAGCUGCAUUACUAAGGACGUUCAGCUUCCUGGGCUUUGAGAUUGUGAAACCUGGCCAUCCCCUUGUCCCCAAAAGACCAGAUGCUUGCUUCAUGGCCUACACACUUGAACGAGAUUCGUCUGAGGAAGAUUAGAAGAAUGUUUGCAAUUUGAGUUUUUGUCAUCUGUAUAGAUGGGCUUGCAGAAGUUAUUUCAACGUUGAAGGUGUUUAAAUUGUACAUCUUUGCUUUCAGUAUCCCAGUAUAAGCAGCUGUUCAUAGUGAGCAGAUGUUUUUCUGCGAUACUGAGCAGCAGCUUAUAUUGGUGGGAUAGUGGGAUGUUAAAACUUCAAAUGUAUCUUUACUUGAUUGCAUGUUGUGAUUGUGUGCUAAUAAAGUUCUUACUCUAGAUUAGCAGUGUAUUCCUUUUGAUAUGGUGUUAUGUGAUGCAUUUCUUGCUUCAAUUCUAAAUAAAAGUUUAUAUUUUAUUGAUUUAA